AAUAUCUUCCCCGUAGGCCGUAAGUGGUUUGGAGCUAAACAAAAUUUAAAACCGUAUAAAUAUUGAAAAUGACAAGUACAAGUGCAGGGAGUGGGCGUAUAAGUUGUUUAAUUGUUUUACCAAGUUGUGCAGGAGGUGUUUCUUCACAGUCGUUCAUACAGUGUUUCACACUGACACAUUCUGCAUUCACAGUCCAGUUGGCUACACCUGGUGGCAGAACACCAGAAUUCAUAAAUCAAGAUGAACAGAGUCGAAGAUGGUUGAAUGAUUUCCGUUCAAAACCAUUUUCAGUACCACUUUCACUGGAAAUAAUUGAUGCUAACAGAUACAUGUGCCUGUUGAUACCACAUGCUCCAGGAGCAGUCACAGACCUCGCCACUAAUGCAGAUCUGGGACAGAUUCUUAUGCACUUCAUAAAAGAGAAAAAGCUCAUAUGUGCCAUUGGGACAGGAGUAGCAGGCCUUUUGUCAGCAAAGAAUGAAGAAAAUUCUAGCUGGGGUUUCAAGUCAUACUCAAUCACAGGGUCUUCAAUAUGUGAACUAGCGCGCCGGUCAGAUUUUGCUGACAUGCCACUUCUUGUAGAGGAUGCCGUCAGAGAUGCUGGAGCAACAUUCUCUCUAUCAGAACCAAAUUGUGUGCAUGUGGUUGUGGAUAGGCACCUUGUAACUGGACAGAAUGAAGCUUCCACACUGACAGCUGUCCAGAAUCUUGUACUGCUCUCCAAUCAGAGCCGCCAAGGUAAAGGAUCCAGCAAGUAGAACUUUAUUUAUCCAGUAUGAGGAGACUAUAUUCAGAACCAAGAAACAACAGUGCAGCUUCAAGUUUUUGCUGCUGGAAUUGUAAUUUGUCCAUUGUAAGUAUGUUUUCGUGUUAUAAGAAGGCUUGGUACGGAGAUGGACAGAUGCUUCAAGAACAAGAAGAAAUCAGGGCAGUCAUUUUGUAUAUUAUUGUUUAUUUGCUUUUUUAUUGUGCGUAAGAUGGUUAAUGAGGCAACAUAUUUGCAGUGCAAUGUAACACAAUUUAUCUUACCAAUUUUAAUUAUUUUAUCUCACAAUUUUAAUUUUAUGGUGUGAUGAAAUGUAAUGGGUUAUGGCAUGAAAAAGUAUGUCUCAGUGUAUAUUUUUAUAAAUUUAUUAACGAUGUAGCCAUCGUAUACCUUCUUGUGGUUCUACACCAAGUACAGACAAAAGAUAGCCAUAAAAUUCUAAAGAUAAUACUCCUAACUUUUGGAACCACAGCUCCAUUCUGCAUAACAUUAAAGCUGUUGUAGGUGUAUGGUUGAAGGAGGAGGACAUGUUUGCAAUACCCAAAUUACAGACCACUCACUGUAUUUGCGUAGGACAAAUUGGAUGACUGUUAACAUACUUGUGCACAUUUACAGUCAGUAAUUAAAAUGGCAACACAUUAUUCUGAAUGACAGAGUCCUAAUCCACAGCAGCAGUCACGGGUUAAGGUUGGUUGGGAUCCUGGAAGCAGAAAAAAUUGUUGCUGCUUUUCUCCCCACACCAAAAAGAUCAUAAAAAUAAGAGUACCUAUUAACCACAUUUUUAAAUAAAUAAACAAUAUUAUUUGA